GGGGUUCCUCUUAUUACACUUAGACACACACUUGUCCCCCUUUUGCUCUGCCACUACUCUUUAUAUUUCCCAAAAUCACCACACUCCCAUGGCGUCUUACGGUGGUGCUAGACGGGUUUUUACCGGCUGUAGAACUUUAUUAGCCGCCGCAAAAUCAUCCACGGCCACUACCACCAUUCCCAAACCCACGCCCACAACUGUUACCCCAAAGAAAAACAACAAACAGAUCAAGAAAUCAACAACUCAAGGAGCUAAAGUUGAGAAAAUCAAGAAAAUAAGAUCCCCAGUUGUUUCCGGGAUAUCGAAACCAUCUCCGAUUUCACCGGCUUUAGGUCUCUUUCUUGGUGGUGUUUCUGAAUACCCUCGUACCGAUGCCGUUAAAAAGAUUUGGGACUAUAUCAAGCUUCAUCAGCUUCAGAAUCCAACAAAUAAGAAAGAAAUAAUCUGUGAUGAAAAGCUGAAGACUAUAUUUGACGGGAAGGACAAAGUUGGUUUUCUAGAGAUCGCGAAGUUGCUAGCUCCUCAUUUCGUGAAAUCAACUUGACCGGCAAUUUGAGAUGUCUAUGUCUAAUGACUGGUGCUGACGUUUGGCCUGCUUCUUGUUGAUAUUUUGUUUUAAUCUAGAAGUGCACUCUUUUAGCUGGAUUUUUAUAUUAGAAAAAGUUGUAAGAAACAGAAGCAAGCUUCUCACACUUAGAUUUCUAUGCCUUUUGAUACCUAGAGUGUUGAGAAGGAUUUGUCUUGAAUGAUGAAUGUCAUUUUCUUGAUCCUGAAAUUAGUCGUAGUGAAUGGUGAUAUGGUACAUUUUCAGAUUGUGAA